AUACCAUUUUUUUUUUCUUUUUCCUCCACUUUGUAGAAUGUGUAUAUUUUCCUUAUAAUAGCAUUUUGUUUCUAAAACCAUUCUCAGUGAUGCAAGGGUCAUGUGGGAUCAUCAAACUGGACACUCAAAAGGAUAUGGCUUUGUUUCGUUCCGAAAUCAGCAGGAUGCACAGAAAGCUAUCAAUGACUUAACUGGUAAAUGGCUUGGCAAUAGGCAAAUCAGAUGCAACUGGGCAACUAAAAGUGACAAUGAAAAUGCUGUGGAGAAUUCUGAGGAAGAUGCCCCUGAAAAUAAUCCUGCAUACACCACUGUCUAUGUGGGCAACCUUUCCCAUGAGGUAACUCAAGCAGCGCUUCAUUGCCAGUUUCAUGCACUCGGUGCUGGGGUUAUUGAGGAAGUGACUAUUCAGAGGGAGAAAGAUUUUGGAUUUGUCAGAUACAACACUCAUGAAGAAGCAGCAGCAACCAUUCAGAUGGCCAAUGGCAGGAUACUUAAUGGGAAACCCAUGAAGUGCUCGUGGGGCAGCAAGCCAACUCCUCCUGGGACAGCUUCAAAUCCUCUACCUCCUCGUAUUCAACCAUUUCAGAUCCUACCAUCUGCUGCUAUGAACCAAGGCUAUUCAGCAGCUGAACUGUUAGCUUACCAGCGCCAACUUGCCUAAGCCAAGCUGUGGCAUCUGGCCUUUCAGGCCAAGCUCUUAUGCAGAUGACCGGACAUAGCCUGGCUGCUACCUCAAUGGGUUUGAGCUCAGGUGAUGUAUGAUGCAUAUCCUAACUCUUCCUCGGGUCAACAGCUCAUGUAUUACCGUUAGCACCAGAGCAGGGCUGCUGCAGGAAGCCCCACCCUUUUUUUAUGUGUU